CUUAAACUUGCCCCUGUAGAGUGAACGUGGCAGCUUGGCGACGAGCGUGGUGAGAGCUUCACUCUCGACAUCGAAAUCGCCCGAUCCGCCCAUCUACCACGAACUCCCGAACAACUGAUUAUCGAAAGCACAAGCGAACAGCGAAAAGCCCCAAUUGAAAACAGGCUGGUGUCAGAGGAGCAAAUAUGAGGGCGAUACUUCCCCUUUUGUCGCUGAGCACCGCUGCUCAGGCGCUUUACUUUUUCAUCGACGGCACACAACCCAAGUGUUUCUACGAGGAGCUGCCCAAGGACACGCUGGUCGUGGGCCACUACAACCUCGAUGAAUACGACGAAAACUCACGGACGUGGUCGAAACAUGACGGCUUGAGCGUGUACAUAUCCGUUGACGAGGUAUUCGACAACGACCACAGAGUGGUAUCGCAGCGCGGCUCCUCGUCAGGUCGGUUCACCUUCACUGCGCACGAGGCAGGCGACCACCGCAUCUGCUUUACACCGAGCAGCAACAGCGGCCGCCAGGGCUGGCUCAACGCCGCGAACCCUAACGGCGGCGUCAAGCUGACGCUGGACCUGGCCAUUGGCGAGUCGAGCGAGAUCGAGAGCACCGACAAGACCAAGCUGCAGGACAUUUCGCAGCGUGUCAAGGACCUCAACGCGCGCCUGCAGGACAUCAGGCGCGAGCAGAUCUUCCAACGAGAACGAGAAGCCGAAUUCAGAGACCAGUCCGAAUCCACCAACACCCGCGUACUCCACUGGAUGAUCAUCCAGCUGAUCGUUCUAGGCAUAACAUGCGCCUGGCAACUCUCGCACCUCCGGAACUUCUUCAUCAAGCAGAAGCUCACGUAAAUCAUCCCCCUCAACAAUUCACCAUGUAUUACAAUCACAACAAGGACAGUCGACAACUCUACAGCCCAUGUACAGAUUCUUUAACGCAGCACUCUGUUUGCGAGAGGGAUAUAGAAAACAAUGAAUAAGCCGAAAGCCGGGGGGAUAUGGAUUGGACUGUAGAUACUUAACUAACACUUCAGUCAAUCCAUUAAAGAAGAAACGGGGUGCUCUACCAAGAGAAUAACAUGCACUGUAUUGCUCCAUGCAACAGACAGCACUGUUUGUAAUGAUAUAUGUCUUAGGAUCAGAAGAAAAUAACGCCUUAGUACAUGCUUUUUGGCUUAGUUGUCCAUCCAGGUCUAAUCGAAACUACCUAAAACAC